AUGUAGUGUAAAAAUAAGUCUGACGUCUUCGUGCUGAAUGCCACUUAAAAUGAUGGACUGACUGCACCACAAUAAAGGGACAAAUCCACUGGCUCUGGAGUCAGAGAGAAGGGGUGGGGGAGCAAAUGGAUAGAGCAAAAGCAGAGAGCAUGAGAGAGAGAGAGAUGAAGGGAAUUAACACCCAUGGAAAGUAUGCUGCAGGGAGCUGUUGAUAACACAGCUGCCUCAUUGCACAGCUCAGCUGAUUUAGAUUUUCCAUCCCGCUCAUGAAGAGGGAGGGUGUUCAGGGAGUGAGAGAGAAUCGCUAUUGUGUGUGAUAAAUUACAGUGGUCCAGCUCUACAUGCCCAGCUGGAAUGUGUCAGAACGGAGCAGACUGAGGUUGGUAAAACUGAGUUUAGGUUAUAGUCAGGAGUGACACAAAUUUUCCAGCCCUUGUGCUCUCGGUUUGAGUGGAGAUGAGUCAGCACAGACAGCAAGGAAGGAGGAAUGUAGUUUCACUCACUCCCUCCCUUCCUGAAGGGGCUGGGCCUGUCACUGUGCCGCUGAGGCUCUUACAUAAAGAGCAGAGAACCCGCAAGUGUGCAGUCUGACUGAGCCACAAAGACGUUUCAUCAGUGGUGCAAAAACACGUGCUCCCUUCCAGAAGAUUCUUUUUGGACAACACAGCUUUCCUAUGCUCUGCUAACAAGUCGGCGUUCCUCCAUCAUAUCAUCUUUUUUUUCUCUCUCUCUCUUCCUGCUGGUUUUGACGUGUUGCUCAUUUUGGCUGUGACCUAUUUCCGGCAUCAAACCCACAGCCUUGACUUCAACAGACAGAGAAAAGAGCAAGAUAGAAGAGAAAGAAAAGGCCGCCUAACAGGAAACUUGAAAAAGACUAGGAUUUAUUUCUGAUCCCGAUCUCAUUCUGCUCUCACGCUGGGGAAGGCAAAACGGACCCCUUUCAGAUUUCUCACACCUCAAGUCCGCUGCAGGAUUCAGCGAGCAUCCAUCAUGCACCUGAAAACCAUGAAGUGCAACCGCUUCUGCCUUAUCGCAUCCCUAGAGGAUCUGGAUAUGUUUAACAGACCUGAGGCCAGGGCUAGGUUCGAAGAGCUCUUCCGUGCCUUUGAUGGUGAAGUUACCUUUCAGUUUUUCAAGAGCUUCAGGCGAGUGAGAAUUAACUUCAGCAAUGCUCUGGCAGCUGCAGAGGCGAGAGCAAGACUCCACAAGAGCGACUUCAACGGCUCAGAGCUCCGACUUUAUUUUGCCCAGUCUGUACAUAUAGGAAGUGCACGACUGGAGCCUCCUAAACCAGAGAAGCAGUUCCUCCUCUCUCCACCUCCAUCUCCUCCUGUGGGAUGGGAACAGGCUGAGGAUGCCACACCUGUCAUCAACUACGACCUUCUCUGUGCCAUUGCCAGACUUGGCCCAGGGGAGAAAUACGAGCUACACUCUGGAACCCCCACUACCCCCAGCGUGGUAGUGCAUGUGUGUGAGAGUGAUCAGGACAGCUCUGGUGCCGAGGACGAUACGGACAGCUUCAGACGGCCGCGUCCCAAAAUCAUCCAGACCCGGCGUCCAGAUUACAGCUCCUCCAUCACCCAGUGAGCAUGAGGAGUAUGUCCUUGUGCUGUUAAGUUUGUUUUUCUGUCUCGGGACUGUCGGGCGUGCAGGUAGUCUGUCCCCAUAGAGGAUGUGUUCAGUCAGAGCUCAGCCCUGCAGAGAAAGACACAUUACAUCUGCACUGUCUUUCAGGGGAAAGUGAGUUUAUUGCAUGCAUUUGUUGAUAAAGUGGCUCAUUUCAACACAUCUAAAGGUUAAGGGGGUUUCAUGGAUGGUUUCCAUUGAUGUCUAUGGCUACAGAGAACAAAAGCCUCCUGUUGUGGCUUUAUUUAUUUCCUUUAAUUUGAGAAGCAUGUUUUAGGGCAGUCCAAGGUGCAUUUUUAUGAUGGAAUUUGUUGUCAUGGUUUUGGUUUUUAUUUGAUUUUGAUCAAUAGACUCCUCUUUGAUGUUGGCAUCAGUGGAAAUGUGAGGCAUUAUUACAAAGCCUUUGUAUGAAUGUUCGUUAAUCUUAGACUCUGAACAUUUGUGGUAAUGGGUAUUUUUUUUUUUUACUUUAUAUGUUGGUUGUAAGGAAUGACAAGGAAGUGAAAAUACAGAUUUAAUUUAGUAAGCUUCCUUUCUCAAAAAUCAUGUUGUAUGUUGAAUUAACCACUUGUUUACCACUAAUUUGACAAAUGGUUUUGGUCAGUAGGAAAUGUUUAUUGGACAUCCUGACACAUUAUCUUGAUGAUAAUAUUUGUAUGGAAAUACCAUGUCAUGACUGAAAUUUGUAUUAAGUUCCUUCGACCAUAACACUGUAAUACAAUCAGUUUUAAUGAGGGACGACCUUCAUGCCCUUUACUAGGAUUUGCACAGGUUACAUUUGUUACAUGGUAAAAGUCAUUGUACUAAUGUCUGCUUUAUUCGGCCUAAUUGUGGUGUUUGACUGUGUAUGUAUGUUUACCUCAUUGUAAUGUCUUAAUUGUCUGACUGCUCAGAAAUUUGAAAGAAUCUGCUUGGUUUCCACAAAGUUGUUGACUCAGUAAUGGCUUGGAUGUAUGUAUUGUAUUUGUACCUUAACAACCAAAAUAAUAAAUCAGGAUUUUGACAUGUA